GUGACUGGGGUUCGAGUCCCCGCGUCGGCCGUUAUGGCGGACGCGGAGCCUGAGGCUGAGGACGGCAGUGAGGAUGGCGGCGGCGGCGGCGGCGGCGGCGGCGGCGGCCGGGCUCCCGCAGGCCAGAGAGGCAGCGCCGCGCGCGUGGCCCCGCUGGGCCCCGAGCAGCUGCGGCGGGUCCUGGAGCAGGUGACGAAGGCGCAGCCACCCGCAAAGCCGCCGCCGCCGCCGCCCUUCGUGCUGCAGGACGCGGCGCGGCGGCUGCGGGACGCGGCCCAGCAGGCCGCCCUGCAGCGGGGCCCCGGGGCCGAGCCCCCGCGCCCGCGGCGCCUGCUACCGCCGCAGCAAUUGGAAGCCAUCUGUGUCAAGGUUACAUCUGGAGAGACGAAAGGUCAGGAAAAGCCGAUGCCUGCACUGGCCACCAUCCAGCCCAAGACAGCCAGGCCGAGCCAGCCGCUAGGGAGACACUGCAGCGUGCUGGGGCUCAGCGUCGCCAGCUCUCAGCCGCUCAGGGCGCAGCCCCUCCUGAGCACCGGGCCACAGCCGCGUUUCCUGAGUCACUCACCUCAACCUCCUGUUCAGGUGUUCGUCCAGAGGCCACUGCUCGCCCUCCGACCAGACCCUGCAAAGAGAGUCUUGGCCUCUGAGGCCCUGAGUGGACAAGGCACCACGUUGUCCCCUCUGUCAGCCUCUGACCCGCCAGCAGGAACAUCUGUUUCAUCCAGUCCAGCAAAUUUAUUUAUUUCCAACUCGCAAACAAAAUGCACCAAGAAACUAAAAAAAUCUUUAAAAGUGAAAACACGUUCUGGACGGAUAUCUCGACCUCCCAAGUAUAAAGCUAAAGAUUAUAAAUUCAUAAAAACAGAGGAUUUGGCCGGUGGUCACCCCUCAGACUCUGACGACUAUUCAGAACUGAGCGUGGAGGAAGAUGAAGACCACAGCGGAAGGCAGGUGCUCUUUGAUUUAUCGAGCUGCUCUCUGAGGCCCAAAACUUUUAAGUGUCAGACCUGUGAAAAGUCAUAUAUAGGAAGGGGGGGGCUUGCCCGGCACUUUAAACUGAAUCCAGGCCAUGGCCACCUGGAGCCUGAGACGUUGCUGUCUAAGAAAGCCAAUGGGAGCAUGAUCCUGGGCCCCACGGAGGGCAGGACCACCAGCCUGGCAUCUCGGGAGCUGUCCACGCCAGCUCUUCUAAGUGAGGAAGGGGCCCGCUCAGCACGGGGUGGCCUGCAGAAUGGUCAGUCCGUAGACGUUGAAGAGGCGCUGGUGCCUGAACCAAAAAAUGGAAGUUUUUCAGCCCUUUUGGGAUCAGAGAGACACCCCGGACGUAGAAGAAGCGGCUACUCCGUGGCCCUCCCAGAGCCCAGCGCAGCCGUCCUGGAGCAGAGUGGAGCGGUUGGCCCGCAGGUGGGCGUUGGGGCAGCGUGUGUACAGGGCCCGGCAAGGAGCAGAGCCAGGCUCCUGGAGUUUCUCCACCAGUGUGACCGGGAGGAUCUAGUGGAGUUGGCUCUGCCUCUGCUGGCUCAGGUCGUGACCGUGUCUGAAUUUCUUCUGAUGAAGGUUGAAAAAGGUCAUCUAGCAAAACCUUUCUUCCCAGCUGUGUACAAGGAAUUUGAAGAGUUGCAUAAAAUGGUUAAGAAAAUGUGUCAAGAUUACCUCCAUAGCUCUGGUCCCUGUUCUCUGGAAAUAAACAACAGUAAGGUUGCCGAGUCCUUAGGAAUCACAGAAGAAUUCCUGAGGAAAAAAGAAAUACACACGGACUACACUCCUCCCAAGUGCAACAGCCGAGAGGACGACCCGGAGGACCUGGAGGGUGCUGGCCCGCAGAAGAGGGAGAAUGAGACCGCAGAGGACAGGCUGGCUUCGGUGAAAAGGACCAGAAGAGAAACUGUGCCCCAGGACACCACAGAGUAUUCUGCCGACAGUGGAGGCCGGCAGAGGCUGGCCUCUUGUGCCCCAGCUGCCAGUGCGGGUUUUGCCGCUGGAGUAAAUGGGGGCGCGUCUCACCUACCUGAAGAAAGUCCCACGAUGCCCGUUUCUGAGCUCGACGGCAGCACAGCACAGGCGGGCCAGCAGCUGAAAGCAUUUGCUGGCUCAGCCGCCGGGAGUGGGUCUGCAGACCCUGCUCUCUUGUUUCGAGAAGCCCGUGGGCUGGGGGUUUAUACUCAGUUAGGAGAACCAGGGUCUCUGGCCCAGGAACACUCGCCAGAACAGGAUGCUGGGGACGGCCAGGGAAGCCGGGCUCUCUGCGGCACCUCGAUGGCCCUGCUGCCUGGCCGGCCUGGAAAUGCAGAGGCGGGAAGCCUUCGCGAGGUGCGCGGCUCCCACCUGAGCAGCCCGCAGUCCGGCCCCAGCGAGGUCCUGCUUCUGGAGGCCGCGGCCCCGCCGCAGGAGAAAGCAUGGUCCGUGGACGUCAUGCCAGCCGGCUAUGCCUACGGCACCACGUCCGAGCCGGGGCCUCAACCCAGCCGGGGUGGAUUUCUGGGUCCUGAAGGGGGCCUCACAGGCCACGCGGGGGACUUGGACCAGUCGCCCUGUGGGACCGAGACACACGCUGACCGGAGGGAGCUGGAGGGCAUCACUGCUGUCAGGGAAGCCCUGGCUUUCGAAACUGCCAGUGGGGGCCCCACGUUGCCGCCCCAGCGACAGGAGCAGGUAUUUAUCCCGACUCCUGAUGGCGUCUCGUCCCACCCAGGCUCCGUAGUGUCUGGGGAGGGGGACGUUGUCAUAGUGACCGACACAGAGGGGCCUGCCCUGCAGCCGGGCCCCUCGGAAGGGGGUCCUCUGGAAACCAUGGAGACGGAGCCCUCUCAGUGAAAUGGAGCCAGAACCGCAGUCCUAGAUUUGUAUGUAUUUUACCUGGACGUCUACUUCAAGGAAUGUUUAUUUUUCUAAUGUGAGUACUGAUACAAGUGAACAUUUUAUUUAUAAAGAAUAAUGUCUUUCUA